AUGAAGAAAACAAAGGAAAUUCGAAAGAGAGGACUGUACUCUAGUGCGUCUGUGACAGAGAAUGCGCCAAAAUGCUAUCAUGGCCCAAAACUGCUAUUUGAAGAGAAGGCGACGAAGAUUCAAACCUACGCCUGUGCUGGUUUCCGCACAGCCCGCGCCUGUAGAAAGGAUACCGAAGCUUGCACCGCUUAUAGUCUCAAACAAACCAUUUCUGCCUCCCAACUCUGCAGCCUGCCACAAGCGGAGCGCUGUUACUGUCACACAUGCAACCUCCUUUUUCAGGUUUUCUUCUCCCUGGACUGGCUAAACUUCCUAGUGGGUGUCUUUCAAGGCCUGGGUGUGAAGAAUGUCCUUUGCGUGGGUGCACCCCGGCUGUUUGAUUUUUUGCGGAUUCACACAGAAGGCAGGCACACCUUCAAUACCUUCCUACUGGAUAUCGAUGCUCGUCUGCCCCAAUUUUAUGCUUCAGAUGUUUUCGCGCAAUUCAACAUGCUAAAUGGUCACUUCUUUAAGGAGGAUACUGGUCGCGCGGCUCUUUUGAGCUUCUUUGAGUCAUGCGACGAUCGCAGCAUCAUUUUCUGUGAUCCCCCCUUUUCUGUGAUGCUUCAACCCUUGAUGGUGACACUUUGCAGUCUCAAGGAGAGCAUGCAAAAGGCGAGAACAGGCAACUGUAACAAGGAAUUGAAUUCAAGUGAUGUGAACACAAUGUUAGUACUGCCGUACUUCCUCGGGCCUAAGUUAUUUGCUGCUGUCCCAAGCAUGAAGAUGCUUGAUUACAAGGUAACUUACGAGGGCCAUUGUCGCUUAACCUCUGCUGGCAUAGGCGACAACUCAGGCAGUUCUCGCCGAGUAUCCAUUGUCCGCCUCUUCACUGACCUGCCACCAAAAGACAUCGGACCACCGCCUGAAUUGGAAUCACAGUUCAGGUCAGUAAGAUGA